UCGAGCUGUUCCUUGACUUCCUGCGAGAUGUUUUUGUCAAAGAAGCUACAGAUCUUCUCAAUUCUCCUCAUGGGAUCGAUAAUUUCCAUCUCAACUGCGAAUGAGCCAACGGAAACCCAAACUGCCCAGUGCACCAUCACUUCCGGAGACGUGAAGGCUUCGGCUCAGGCGAGUCUCACCACAAAAUUGGAGGGAAUUUGCGAAUCGAACAGUCUCUACACCGCCUUUGCCUACCUCGAGUCCAAGCUGAUGCAGGAAAUCUACAAUAUUCGGCUGGUUCUCAGCCAAAUCCAGAAUCCACACUACAAUCUCAUGCAGCACAACCAAUUCCUCCAUCCGCCAGUCAACAUGGCGCCCACGAUCUAUCACAACAUCCAGAAGAUCGUCGAUCAGGCGCGCGAGCAAGCAUCCGCCGAAGUCACUUCGCCAUCCAUCUCAUCAACUCCGCCUGAGAUUCCCAACGAGAUCCCCGAAAUCACCACCAAGCAGAGCGUCUUCUUCACCACAAUGGCACCAGUGACGGGCAAACCGCUGCUGCUCAAGUCCUUGCCAUCGAAGUUCUCCAGCGCGCGCGAAUCUGAGAUUCACAAGUUCAACAACACCAUUCUGUCCGGCCAGGAGACACAGAUCUUCACGUACUACUGGCGCAUCGAUCACUACAAGGAGAAGCUGAAGAGGAACGAGAGUCAGGUGGAGAGUCCGGCUUUCGUCAUCUCUGGGCAGAAUCUGCACGUGAAAGCCGAACUGAACCACUUGAAGCGAGACUAUCUGUAUCUGCAGCUGGAGCAGUCGCCCAGGGAAGUGGCGGGAAAUGGCUCCAUCAUCCUGGAAACGGGCAGCAUAUUCAAGGAGAUCGAGACGAAGAAGUUCUUCCGCCACAAAAUCGCCAUUCUCGAUCACACGAGCGCCAAGAGUGAUCUCAUCUCACAGGAGUUUCUCAGCAUCAACAGCGGCUUCCCGAUACCAAACAGCGCCAUCCUGUCCAGCUCCUAUUGCCGCAAUGAUGUGGUCCUCAUCAAGAUACUCAUCUACCUUUAGUGCUGGACGUCAGAAGACGAAUAGAAGAUGUUAGAACAACUUGAUGGUGUAAAAUCUGUGCGGAAUAUCAAUAAAUCUGU